CCUGCAUCUCCUCCGAAACGGCGUCGUUCGCUCACGCCCACGUCGACUGGAAGGAAACUCAAAACGCCCACGUUUUCAAGGCCGACGUGCCGGGGCUGAAGAAGGAAGAAGUGAAGGUGGAAGUGGAAGACAGGAGGGUGCUCAGGAUCAGCGGCCAGAGGAGCAAGGAGACCAAGGAGAAAGGAGACUCCUGGCACCGCGUCGAGAGAAGCAGCGGCCAGUUCUCCAGAAUGUUCCGGCUGCCGGAGAAUGCCAAGGUGGACGAAAUCAAGGCCACGAUGGAAAAUGGCGUUCUCACUGUUACCGUCCCCAAGGUUGAGAAGGAAAAGAAACCCAAUGUUAAAUCUGUUGAAAUUUCCUCCUGAAUUUGCAUUUCAUCUCAAUUCUAGGGUUCUGUCAAUAAUAAACCCUCCUUGUCGUCGAUUGAGUGUUUGGAAUGAAAUCGAAUCGCAAUGUAAUCAUCUCAUCAUUUCUUGAAUCCAACUUCCAUGUGUGCAUCUUUUCAAUUUC